AUGGCGGAUGUGUCGGAGUCGGUCGUGUCCGAAGCGCUGCGCCAAUUGUACCACCCGCUUAGCGCGCCGCGCACGCGGAGACGUGCCGACGCACUACUGCAGCAGUUCCAGCGCUCUCCCAGUGCUGUGCAGACAGCAUUAGCCGUACUGCGAGCGCCAAUCAUUGACAUGGAAAAUGCCGACCACAGCGCGUUUCUGCGUAUAAAACGCGCGUUUGCUGCGUCCACAGUGUACAUGACAGUGGCCUCUUUUGAUGUGAAUGAGUUGGUCGAUUGGACGUCAAUGGACCAAGACAUGCGGCAUGGGAUGUACGCACAUGACUUGAAAGUGAUGGCGCUCGAUGUCUGGAAUGUGUUGACUGGGCUCAAUGGAACCAACGAGGAGCGCAGUGUGCAGACGUAUCUGGCACUCGCGGUUGCCGUCCUGUUAUUGCGGAUCCUUGAGCCUCAAGGGGACGAUACGGUGGCCCGUGCAGUGGAAUCGCUGGUCGAAAACCAACAGUAUCGAGUCUGUGAUAGCGUUUCGGCUGGGGUGACAAACUUUGCGGUGUUGCUUACACUGAAAGUUCUCCCGGAAGAAGUCAACAACAAGCGUGUCAAGUGUACUCCGGCUAAACGCGGACAGUGUAACGACAUGUUGACGGAGUGCGCAGCACACGUGGUUCAAACUGUGCUUCCGUCGAUCGCGGCUGCGAUCGAUGCAGGCGGAGAGCAAGAGCAACUGCGAGGUCUUUUGCUGCAAACUGUCGCGAGCUGGAUGGAACAUGGCACUGUGGUCCCAGCAGUUCUUGUUGAGAACGGGUUGCUUGACCGGUCGUUUCGUGAAGUACUCGCGCCAGCUACUUCGGUGUACGCUUUGCAAGUCGUGCGGGAAGCGGUGCACGCGUGCCGUCGCGGCGAACACGUGCAGCUGAUGGAGAUUGUGAUGCACAAAUUUAUAGAGCUUGGAAAGCAUAUCCAAGACCGCAAUGCAGCGUCAGAAAAUAGCGUGGCGUUUUGCCUUGUCGACAGCGCGAAAGCAAUGUCGGAAUGCGGGCAAGCCUUCAUCAUGUAUUUCGUAGACUACACCAAAGAUAUGCAACCUGGGUCUUUGGUGUAUGAAUUCCUCGACGCGAUUCUGUUAUUCACGUCUUCGAACGACCUCGACGUCUCAAACGAGACGAUGGGUUUCUGGAUCUAUUUUCGUACGUAUGUGUCGGGCAAGCAUGAUCAGCAUCGGCGCAUGUUCGAACCGUUCAUCUCACGCUUGUUGGCCAUUCUCAUCGAGCGGACCAGGUAUCCCGAAGGGUUUGACCAUUUCUCGGAAGCUGCGAAAGAGCGCUACCACUUGUACCGAAGCGAAGUACGCAACGUUUUCCGUGCCCUUGCUACCGUUACAGUUGCCAGCGAAGACGAGUUCAUUGUAGAUGCUAUCCACGCGAUCUUUCGACAGUACGAAGCCGCCGACUCGAGUGACCCGUUGCAAUCAAAUUGGUGGCAACGCACAGAAGUGUACGUGCACGCUCUUAGCGCGUUAUCGAAAUCGAUUCGCGAAGAAGACACAUCGAUCGUUCCAAGGCUGUUUGAAUACUUGUCACGAAAGGAGCCAUCCUACCACGCACUCACACGCACGAUCACCAUAUUUACUGGUACGACUGGUCACUGGUUUGCGAGACACCCUGAGCACUUGUCGACGAACGCGUUUCAAAUUAUUUCGAACAGCUUUGAGCUCUCCGGAAAUGAUGCUGGAUAUUCGACUAGUCAGCAUGGCUCAGAAGAUCACGUUGGGGUUGUGGCACUGUGUAAACUGACACUUCGAUGCGGCCGGCAUUUUUUCAAUCCAUUAUGGAUGGAUGCACUGGUGAAUUUGUACCGCUCGGAUCGGGCGGCUGUAGAUGGGUCAACGUGUAAACGCUUGACGGGAAAAAGCGCGAAACUGGUCGUGGACUCAAUCUGCAAUAUCCUCGCUACCGUAUCGUAUAAGGAUGCCGUCCCUGUGGUAGACGAGCUCGGUGCUAUCAUGUUUGCAGACCUUGCAGCGCGUUGUAGCCAGCUGGGCGUGGACAAUGUGGGCUCAGUAGAUUUUGUGUGUGAGACAUGUGACCACCUUACCGUAUUAGCCACAAGGGUUCCGAUGCAGGUCGACCAAGAGACUCCACAUCCUGUUCUCUGUGUGUUGCAAAAACAAUGGGAAGUCUUACGCACCAUUGUGUGCGUAUACGGCUGCUGUGAAAAAGCAGCUGAACGAUUAUGUGCACUACUCGUGGGCGUCUUCGACUCUUUACGGUUCCAAGCGUUGGAGCUGGCAUCUGCAAUUAUGCCACUGUUGGUAGAACAAGUGGUACGAAGUCAUGACGGCAGUUAUCUUGGUGUAAUCCAAAGCAUCGUUGGUUGCGCCGGUAAUGACGAGGCUUCAGCAGCUAGCCUGACUCAAGUGAUGGUUAUGGCGAGUGAGAGCUCGCUGAGCAAGAUCGCAGCAGAUAGCAGUGUCGAUGACAACCCUGGGCUCACGAUUGCGCUGUUUUUGCUGGUGGCGACGUGCGGCACUCAUCGCCCGUUGGUCUUGGUUCAGUCAAAUCAGCUAGAGGGUGUGUUGGUGCUGACGUUACAUGCACUCAAGUCGCAAAAUCCUGAAGUCGGAGCUGCGGCUCUCGAUUUCCUGCUCGAGUUGGGCUCGCUGUACGGCCAGAUUCGUCGUACUCCGGAACACCUGCUCCAAGGUCCUGAGUUUACAGGCAAAAUGCUGCUCUAUCAGCACAUCCAGACGCUGCUGUUCGAAAACGACGUUCAGUACCACCUGCUGGUUGCUCUGGUCAUUGCCGCGGCACGAGACACGCCACCCAACUUGGUGAACAAGAUCGCGGAGGUCGUCCGGUCUUGUUGGGUCUAUUUUGGACGACAACGAGCAGAAGCGCUUCUUCAUCGCCUUCUGUCCGACACGAGUUUUGCAGGAUCGCAAGUCAGUGAGCGCGCACGAACCGAUUUCUUCGAUCUUGUUUCCACGCCUACAUGCUUUGACAACUCGCGUAAAUUUAAGCGCGCAUUGAAGACAUUCUGCUACCACCUCAAGCGCAAGCUUAUUGCCAAUGGUGCGAAUGGGAUAUGA